CCUUUCUGUGCACUUCUCUCCUCUGUUUCCGUCUCUCUAUAAAUUCCCAAUCUUCACUAAUUGAUCGCAUCAGCAAGCAUAUCUUAAGCUCUUCUCAGUCGAAAAUCAAGAAAAUCCUUUGCAAAAUCGUUCUUUUCUGCUUGUACUAUUCUCUACCUUAACAGGUGGCUAUGGCUACUUCAACUCUGUCUUGGUCAGCUGCUCCUUUCGUGUCAAUGAAGCCCGCUAAUAUUUCAACUAAAGGAAUGGCUCCUUGCUCCUUAAGCUUCCAGCGGAGAGGUUCCAACAUGGGUAGGCCUGCACGGCUGUGUUUAGUGAGAGCUCAGGCUGGGGAAAACAAGGAUACAUCCGUGGAUGUGCAGGUCAGUAAUCAGGGUAACCAAGGCCUAGCAGUUGAGAAAAGACCUCGGACAUUGGCUGUUGAUGUCUCACCUUUCGGUUUGUUAGAUCCAUUUUCUCCUAUGAGGACAAUGCGUCAAAUGCUGGACACAAUGGACAGCAUAUUUGAGGAUGCGAUGACAUUGCCUGGUAGCAGAAGCAGGACAGCAGCAGGGGAAGCACGUGCACCUUGGGACAUCAAAGAUGACGAAAAAGAGAUCAAGAUGAGGUUCGACAUGCCAGGACUUUCCAAGGAAGAUGUGAAGGUCUCUGUGGAGGAUGAUGUGCUUGUCAUAAAGGGUGAGCAUAAGAAGGAAGAAGGUGGAGAUGAUUCAUGGUCUAGCAGAAGUUUCAGUUCCUACGAUACACGUCUUAAACUUCCAGAUAAUUGCGAGAAAGAUCGAAUCAAGGCUGAGCUGAAGAAUGGAGUUCUCUUCAUUUCCAUUCCUAAGACCAAAGUGGAACGCAAGGUCAUUGGUGUAGAAAUCCAGUGAAAGAUUAUUUAUAAAGAUGUGUAAGUUUUUUGUUUAAGGUGUGCGGUUCUCGGUAUGUAUGUAUGCGUAUAGAACAAUGAGUCCUUCAACUAUGUAUUAUUAAUCAGGAACUAUGUACAAGGAAGAACAUCUUGCUUGCUAUUAAAAGGUUGCGAAGAAAAAAAAUGGCUGAAUUUCUACUUUCUUUUGAAGAUUAUUUCAUAUUUUAUAUUUUUAUUUUAUAAUAAAUUGAAGAUAAAUAUUUGUUUUUA